AGGCACGAAAGUAUACGCAUUGAUUUGCUUGAAAAGUUGCCCGUUCCCUUUGGCCUCGUCCGAUACGGAGUCGCUCCUGACCAUCCAGAAGUCAAAAAUGUAAUCACUACCUUCACACAAGUGGCUAAAAAUCCCCGUUUUCGUUACUACGGCAAUAUAGAGGUUGGUAACAAUGUUAGCCUGGCAGAACUUCGAUACCAUUAUGACGCCAUUGUACUGGCUUAUGGAGCAAGUGCUGAUAAGCGCAUGAAUAUUAGUGGUGAGGAUUUUCCAGGUGUUCUAUCAGCCAAGGAUCUUGUUGGAUGGUACAAUGGGUAUCCUGGCUCACAAAUGUUUAAACCAUAUUUGGAUUGUGAAACUGUUGCCAUUGUUGGUAUGGGAAACGUUUCACUUGAUGUGGCAAGGAUUCUUCUCUCGUCUGUUGAUCGCCUCAGAAGCACAGACAUCCCGGAGCCGGUGAUCCAGCAUCUCUCCACCAGCCGAGUACGUCGUGUGGUCAUAAUAGGACGCCGAGGUCCUCUACAGGCUGCUUUCACGCUGAAGGAGUUCAGAGAAUUGUGUUCCCUCCCAAAAACUAAGAAGACUCAACUUCCAGGUCUCAAUGUGGACUUCACCCCACAAGGCAUUUUUGAUAAAACCCUUUCGAUUGGCAGUGAUGGCGCUAAUUUUCUCAGAGAGCUUCCGCGUCCGCGACGCAGACUGGUCGAACACAUGCUUAAGAUUUCCGCCCUCAACUCGAUGUCCAUGGGACAUGAUGUGAUGGAUGAACCACUUUGCUGCGAGUUCCGUUUUCUGCGUUCACCGAUAAAAGUGGUACCUCGCUAUUCUGCCUUCGAUUGGACUACACCGUCCACUGCCGGUCCUGAAACCUCGAAUGUGGCCGGUAUUGAGCUGCGUGUGAACAAGUUGGAAGGUCCACUGGGCGAGGAUCAGAGGUGUGUGACAGCAGAAGGCGAGAGUCCAGAACACGUGGAGUGUGGAUUGGUGGUGCGCAGCAUCGGUCAUCGCAGUGUAUGCAUCGAUCCCGACUUGCCAUUUGAUGAGGAGCGUGGCGUGAUCAUCUGCAGCGACGAGCAUGGUCGUGUUCCAGGCCUCCUCUCUUUAGGCGACAGCUACAGUGUUGAUGGGGAUGCACUGCUAUAUGCCUCCGGCUGGGCCAAAGUUGGUGGUGUGGGAGUUAUCGUCAACACCCUUGCUGAUGCACGCAGCACCGCCGAUGCCGUUCUUACGGACCUCGCGAACAAGGAGUUAUCCCCUCGUCACAUAGGUUUUGAAGGCUUUAAGGCGAUUCUAGAGAAAAGAGGCGUGCGCCCGGUGACUUUUGCAGACUGGGAGCGUGUGGACGCAAAGGAGAGGGUGGCAGGUCAUGACCUUGGCAAGCCACGAGAAAAGAUCACGUCUUUGCGGGAGAUUCUACGAACUGCUUUUCUGGAAGUGACUGAGGCACGCAGUGGUAACAACUUCUGA